GGGGAACAUGCGUUUGGCUCGGAUCGUUCGAAAUUCUUAGUUUGGGAUCCCCGCCCGCCUGCCUCUGGCGCCCCGCGGGCUUCCUCUGCUUUUUUGCUUUUUUCCCUUUUCUCCCUCCGGGUCUCCUUUUCGCCUCCCUCCCCCUUUAUGCUCGCCCAGCCCUCCCCCCGCUGCUGAGAAGUGGGGGAGGGUCUCGUCCUCCAGGUUCCCGCCCCACUGGGGCCCGGGCGAGCAUGGGGGGCAAGCAGAGCACGGCGGCCCGCUCCCGGGGCCCCUUCCCGGGGGUCUCCACCGAUGACAGCGCCGUGCCCCCGCCGGGCGGGGCGCCCCACUUUGGGCACUACCGGACGGGCGGCGGGGCCAUGGGGCUGCGCAGCCGCUCGGUCAGCUCGGUGGCAGGCAUGGGCAUGGACCCCAGCACGGCCGGGGGAGUGCCCUUUGGCCUCUACACCCCCGCCUCCCGGGGGACCAACGACUCCGAGAGGGCGCCCGGCGGCGGAGGGUCCGCUUCCGACUCCACCUAUGCCCAUGGCAAUGGUUACCAGGAGACGGGCGGCAGUCACCAUAGAGACGGGAUGCUGUACCUGGGCUCCCGAGCCUCGCUGGCGGAUGCUCUACCUCUGCACAUCGCACCCAGGUGGUUCAGCUCGCACAGCGGUUUCAAGUGCCCCAUUUGCUCCAAGUCUGUGGCUUCUGAUGAGAUGGAAAUGCACUUUAUAAUGUGUCUGAGCAAACCUCGCCUCUCCUACAACGAUGAUGUGCUGACUAAAGACGCGGGUGAGUGUGUGAUCUGCCUGGAGGAGCUGCUUCAGGGGGACACGAUAGCCAGGCUGCCCUGCCUGUGCAUCUAUCACAAAAGCUGCAUAGACUCGUGGUUUGAAGUGAACAGAUCUUGUCCAGAACACCCCGCGGACUGACCCUUCCGGGCUUGCUUGCUGACUCCUCUCAAAGGGACAGACAGGCCCUGUUCCCAAGAGGAGGCUCAUCGGACACUGGGGCAGAGCUGAGCUUGGGACACCAGUGGGAACAGGGCACCCCUUCUGCACUGACUUCCAGAAAAUGGUUCUCCCUUCCUCCCUGAGGACACCAAAUUGGAUGAGAGCGAGUUUGAGAGAAGAUUGAAUCAACUGCUAUCCUUCCCCUCACCCCUCAGCCCAGGAGGGAAAGGGCAUUUUCUUUUUCACAUUUGAAAGGCGUUGUGGGUCUGUCUUUAAAGUGUUUACAAAAAAAAUUAUAUAAAAAAAAGUCUAGUGUCGACUGGUGUUUUCCCUCAUGAUGUUUACAGAUUGCUGUUUGCUGCCCAGCCAUAACCCACUCAGUGACAGAAACGAACACGGCCAAGUCCUCGCCACCUGCCUUCUGAUGGCAGGCGAGCGCAUACGGUCUCUUCCUUCGCCCGGCGCCCCCUUCAGCCCUCUCCAUCACCAACCUCUCUACCUUAGAUUUUUUUUUUUUUUUUUUCCAUUUUUCUGGCUUGGUUUUGCACUUGUCUCCCCUUGAGAUCCUGAGAUCUUGACUUCAUUGCCAAAAAAAAAAAAAAGUCGAGGACUUUUCCUCCCACCAGUCCUAUUUCUUUUCCUUCUUUCCUCCUGGUUUUGAUCAGUUCAGAGGAUUUAACAAUCACAAGUGUCCUGCAAAAAUGCCUGAACAUUAUUAUUCUUAGGCCCUUGUGGAUUUUUUUUUCCAGAAAACUUAAACAAAAAGACUUACUAAGAAAUAUGUACAGCUACCCCUGUUUUCAGGCACUCUGAGAACAUUUUAGCCAUUGGUGUUCACACGUGGCAUCAGCCCAUGCAAGAUAGGUUUCUGUAUUUAUAUAUUAAAAUACAAAAAAAAACCCUAUAAAAUGUUUAAAAAUGUUCAAAGCUUGGGAAAAAAGCUUUCUUCAUUAGUCAAGGUGUUUUGAUAUGGUAUUAAAAUAAUGUCUAAUAAAAGAUGCACUGUGUGAUUUUAUUUUAAUGAGGUAUUGUUAUAAAUUCAAGAAAUGGGGGCAAAGGCCUGUCCCCCACUCCCUCACCUACCUCCUUAGCAUUCCUUCAGGCUACUACGUGGGGCUACAGGUGUGUGAAGUGGUUCAGACGGUCACCCCCGGGUGGAGGGAAAGCGGCAGGUCAGGCGUGCGUCCUACAAGUUGACAAACCCUCCAGCAUCAUGGAAUCAACCUGCCAUCAUCUGCGGAGUGGUUGUGCCGGACUCUUCUGGAAAGGUCUGCAGGGGCAAAGAUCUUGUGGCCACCAGAGGCUCAAGGAUGUGGGCUCUUCCAGGUGUCGGCCCAGGCCCCUCCCUUACAGCCUCUACUCUGUCCUGCAUUCCACCCGCCUGUUGCUUGGUUUGCAUCUCAGUGCUGACUCAUGGGCAUGCUUCAUUGAGGCCCAGGAAGAGGCCCUAACUUGGGGCUGAGCCACUCAGAGCCUUGAACCAGAACCAGCCACUCAGGCUCACAAAAAUUGGCAAACUGCGGACUGGGCGGGAAGCUCAGGGCAGGGCUCAGCGGUGUUCACCCGGCCUGUCCCGAUGCCAGACAGGCUCCCGGAGCCACGUUCCAGGGCCUCCUGCAGAGCCAGUGAAAGAAAACUCUGGAGGGAGACGAUUCCAUGCCUUCUUUGCUCCAGCCCUUCUCAGGCCUGCCUGAUGUGCUGUGAUGGCCUCGGAGCUCCGGCCCCAGCAGUCUGCACCCUCCCACUGCUGCCACAGACCCCAGCUCCGCACCCACCUUCCAUCAGAAGCUUCCUGAAGCACCAACCAGUGGGCAAAUGUGAGCCAAGGCCAGCAGGCAUGCCCGGCAGGUUCUAAGAAAUACUAAAGAAGACUUGGUGACUCUGGCCCUGGGCCUCAGUGUGGGACGCUCCUUGGGUGGUGACCCCGGGGCUACUGUGAGAGUUGGCAAGAACGUGGGCUCUAAACUGUCUGUGUAUGGCUCUUCUGCUUGGCAGAGUGAUCUUGGAGAAACAGCUUCAUUCAUCUGAACUUCUGCUUUCUCACGUGUGAAGUGGGGACAGAACCACACAGCUCAGAGGUCACUGCGAAGGUCGGGGGUCUGUCCUCCAGGCCCUGGCACAUGCACAGUGGCCUCCCUCAUGGCUUUGUCACCACAAAGGGCACUGUUCUAUUCACAGCACCUCCUGCUUCUGCCUGGCAACUGUGUCUCCCUGUGCUAUAUUUAAUUCCACCAGCAAAGCUGGCGAGGCAGGGCCCAGCCCGGAAGGAGAUCUCCUUGCCUGACCCCUGGACCUGGAAACAGGCUUCGUGUACCCACCUUGGUGGCUUCAGCCUGCCGCUUUUGCAGUGGCUUGGGCGAGCCGAGCGGCUGUGAGCUGGGUGGGGCAGGGCUGUAGCCCACGCUGGGUGCUACUCCAGGCUCUUGGGGCUGGUGCUCAUCCCCGUCCCCAGUGACUUCACUCCCACCUGGCACGCAGCCGCCCUCUGCUGGCUGCUGUGCCCUCUGAAUUCGGACCCAGCUUCUGUGUUAGGGUGGGAGUGGCGUUGUCUGGGCUUCCCAGGGGGAGCUGGCUUGUCAUUCUCCAUUCAGACAGCUCCCCAGGACCUCAUGUUGCCCCUGCUCUGCCAUUCUGGGAAGGAGAGGAUGGGGAGGAGCCAGGGGGUGGGCUGUGCCCACUCUCCGUCAGCACGUUUUUGUGGGGUUCUGGGAUAGGAGCCCCUCACUAAGGCCAUUCAUCUAAUAGCUAUUUAAUGGUAUUGAGGUUUGUAGGAGAAUGCCCUUAUUCUUAGGAGAUAGACACUGAAUUAUAUAGACGAAUGCCUUCAAGAAAUGUGUAAUUUAAUUCCAAAUGGUUCCCCCCAAAAUCAUACAAAGCAAAUAAGGCAAAAUGUUCAUGUUGAAUCUUCAGUGGCUGGUAUUUCAGUGAAUGGUGUACGUGUUCUUUCAACUUUCUGUAUGUUUGGAAUUUUUCUUAAUAAAAAAUUGUGGGGAAAUGGUCA